GCGGGAGGAAUGAAUGGUUACGUGUGAGCCUUGUUGCUAAGGCAGGCACAGUGACGUUUGGACGUUUGGUUGUCACUCGUGGUGAUUCAAAGGCUCUGUCAGUCCCUGCCCUGUUCCUGAAGUGAAGGAAGUGCUGCUGUGUUCUUUCAAAGUUGGGGCUAGGAUAUGAAAGUUUGUGUUUCUCGACUGACACCGAAGAUAGUUCCUCUACACCCAAGGCUGUGCGCAGGAAAGCCAAGGGCUUGAAAAAAGCUGUAAGUAACUUUACUUAGGCUGACAAUAUCCUUUCUGCCAGAAUCAGGUUAGUGCUGCUGGUGGCUUUGUGUAAGAUUUGCAAUUACAUUAUGCCUUUACAUUAACUGAGGCUCCAAGAUGAUGAUCUGAACCUUGUGUCUCUAUUCUUUUCUGUGUUGUGUCAGGUUAUGGUUAUGUGUUUCUGUGGAGAUUAAAGAAAUGCUGUGAUGCAAUGGCUUUAAAGGAUUUAUGCUUAAAAAAGAUGCUCAAAGUUAAGCACAUAUGAAGGAGCAUGCAGGUUCAGGGUUCUAGGAUGGAUUGGUAUGAUGAUUUCCUGAUGGUUUUUCUUAACUUUUCAAUUAAUUCUCCUCUUCUCCCUGCUUCAAAUUUCUCUUUGUAAUCAGAUCUUGUUGGUUAUGGGAACCCUUGAUUUGCUCACUUGCUUUAAGACUUUGAACUUCAAUGGUUCUUACAGACACCUGCUAUUGAUCCAGCUGUGUUUGAUCUUCAGUAACCAGGUUAAAAGCAGAAAAUACUGGGAGCAGAGGAAAUUGUUUGUGUUAAUCCUGGCUUUACAGAAGAAUAGCGUGAAGUUCAAAAUGGCAGAUGCUCCUGAUAAAAAGCUCAAAUGUUCACCAAGGCUGGCCACUGUUUCUCUCUGAACACUGAAGGAAAUGUUGUUGUUUCCAGUUUCCGUAUUCACAGGUUUUCCCUUCAUUGCAUUUCCCUUUCCCAUUUGUGGGAGAAGAGUCAUGAAGAACCGUUGCUCAUCUCCCCCUUUGCACGUCCAUGUGGAUGAAAACACCCCUGUCCAUGUCCAUAUUAAAAAGGGGCAGAAAACCACACCUGCAAAAUGCCAGCAAAAGCACAAACAGAAAUCUAAAGGGGACGGCGUGCGAGCCGUUCCGGUGAAAACUAAAGCCCCUUGGAUACCCCCAGGCAAAACAAGCACUCGUGAUACCAUCUUGAAGUGGGAGAAAGAAUCAGGUGGGCAUCUAGGAGCUCUGCCUACCACUGAGUGUGACAGGAUGCAGUCCGUAAUGCGCCUCAGUGACCUCUCCACAGACGACGAUGAUCCCGCCUGCUGCAAAAUUAACAAAUAUGAAAAGAAGAUAGACAGCCUAAUGAAUAUGGUGGGAACACUGAAAAAAGAGGUCAAGAUACAGCAAAUGGAGGAACAGGAGGAAAUCACAAAGCGUCUCCUGGAGGAACAGAAGGAAGAACUGAAUGAGAUGACACAGGAGCUGGUAGAAACAGAGAAUGAGAACUCGCGGCUCCGGCGCAACAUUGAGCGUAUAAAGGAGGAGAAGGACCUGACUGUGCUACAGAAGGAAUGCUUGCAGCAGGAGAAGGAAUGUUUGAUGAGCAAGCUGAGUGAAGCAGAAAGGGAUGGAGCUGCAGCUGCCAGACAGAUCCAUGCCCUGAGAAAUACCAUUGGGAGACUCAACAUUGAGAAGCACAUGAGCAGCACAGAUAUAAAUGCUCUAACGAGGCAAAAAGAGCUGCUGCUUCAGAAGUUGAGCACCUUUGAAGAAACUAACCGCACACUCCGAGAACUUCUUGCAGAGCAUCAGUCUCGGGAGAAAGAUGCCCAGAAGGUUAUGGAUCGACAAGCAAUGCUGCUGAAAAGGCUGGCUGACAUGGAUGCAGAGAAUAUGCAACUUCAAAUCAGGCUUCAGGGAAAAGAAAAAGAAGUGGAAACCCUCACACUUCAAAUAGUGGCAGAAAAGGAACAGGCAAAGAAAGCCUUUGAACUUGCCAGAUCCCUGGAGUCUGUGAAGGCCCAUUUACAAGCCCAGCUGAGGAGCAGAGAAGCUGAGAAUGACCGUCUGGUUGCACAGCUGCAGAAUAUGGAGAUCAGUGAAAAUCACACUAAGGGAGAGAUGGACUGUCUUCUGGAGCAGCUGCAAGACCUGAGGUGCAAAGCAGAGAGUGAUAAAGAGGCCCUGAAGAAAGCAGUCCGUGCACAGAAAGAGCGGGCGGAGCGGAGUGAGGAUUAUGUGCAGAAACUGACUGCCCAGCUAGCAGAAAAGGAAAGUGCUAUUGCUGAGGCCCAGUGCAAUCUCGAGGCCUGGAGGAAUCGCUGCAGCAAAGCCAUGAAGGAGAAGGAUGACCUUGAACUGGAAGUUGUUACACUGAACAGCCGUGUUGCAGACCUGACGGAACAACUGGCAAGGAUCCAGGAACAGACACGGGACGAAAACGAAGCUUUGGUGGAUAAACUACAGCAACUGACUGGAGAGAACAGUGCUUUGAAGAAAGACAAUGAAAAACUGAAGGCUGCUCUGAUUUCAAUGGAGGACAAACUGAACCAGGCACAGAUGGAAUUGCAACAUCUCCAGAACUCUGUCAGGAGCUACGAAGGGUUGAUUGAAACCUACACAGCACAGGCACAGAUGGCCCGAAAGGAGGCAGAUGAACUAGCAGCAAGACUGGAGAAGUGUGAAAAAGAGAACGAGACCUUAAGGGAUGAAAUGAACAGGGAGAUUGAAGAGACUCGUCAGAAGUUCCAGAGCCAGCUUGCUGAACUGGAGAAGCUGCCUGAGAUCCUGAAGUACACUGAGACACAGCUGGCCGAGUGCCAUCAGCAGCUCAUGUGUUACGAGAAGAAGAACGGGGACCUGUGUGACAUGAUUUCAGAUCUCCGUCAGCUGAUUGACCUCCAGGGGGACAAAAUGGAGAUGACAAGAGAGAGAUAUCAGUCUGCCCAAGAGGAGAAAAAGCAACUCACCUUGAAGGUGGAGGAGCUAGAAAGAAAACUAGAAUCCACGAGUGCCCAGAACAUAGAAUUCCUUCAGGUCGUAGCAAAACGCGAGGAGUCGAUCCACCAGUGUCAGCUGCGGCUGGAGGAGAAGAGCCGUGAGUGCAGCUCCCUGGCACGCCAGCUGGAGAUGGCCAUUGAGGAUGCCAAAAGACAAGUGGAACAAGCUCGAGAACGAGCAGUCUCCAGAGAGAGGGCAGCCCAGUCCAAGGUGUUGGAUUUGGAGACCCAGCUGAGCAGGAAUAAAACAGAGCUGAACCAGUUGCAUCGGAGCAAAGACGAUGCAGAGCGCCGAUACGAGAGCCGCCUCCAGGACCUGCGGGAUCGGCUGGAGCAGUCGGAGAGCACCAACCGCAGCAUGCAGAACUACGUCCAGUUCCUCAAGUCUUCCUACGACAACGUUUUUAGGGAAUGUCCUUUACUGGGCUCCUCCCUCAGCCCCACUCGCUCUCUUCUCUGAGAGCAAUGCUUUCCUUGCACCUUUUUAAAGCGCACAGAAGCUUUGUUUCAAAAGCCAUAUUGAUUUAGAAAACUAAAUGGCAUUUUAGGGUCACUGCGGGGAGAUGUUUUUAUUGUAGAGUAACAAAAUAAAAUUGUGUUGGCAUCUGAUCAAAAUGUGGGGUAUCAGACAAUAUCAGCAAUACUGGUUUGGUGCUGGAGGUUGGUGUUACACCAUAAACUGAGCCCCAAAACCAGGUGGUUUACAUAUAAUGGAAAAGAUCCUUUUCCUCCUGUUAGGUCAUGAUGGUUUCAGCUCUUAAAACCUGUCAGAGGUUUGUUGAGUGUGUUAAUUCUUGUAAGAGCUCUCUUUGUGCUUCACUUCUCAUUCAGUUGCACUGUUGGGGAGAUCAUGUGGGGGUUUUUUAAAAUAGUUUUUUUAUACUGUCGGUGUGAUGCUGAAAAUAACUGAGGUGCCUGGGCUCUACACUCACAAGAAAUAGUCUCCUGCAUAACCACAGUGUUUGUAACAAUUUUAUACCAGAAAUUAUGAGUUUGGUUUGGUUUUUUAUACUUGAUUCUUAUAUACUCCCUGAUCCUUACCUUUAUUUGUGAGUGUGAUACUAAUGUUGCUUUACUCCUCUUACCCUGAUUUUCUGAUCCUGACUAUACCCACCCAGGACUGAGCCAAAACAAUUAAAUUUGAAGGAAAUCAGUGUCAUUUCAUUUGAGAUCUUGGUGCAAAUGCCAUGUGAGUUCUGGGGGUGUGUGAAAUCCUGACUUUGCCUUAAGCCAACUAAGCCAGCAGCUGGAUGUAUUCAACUUCAUCAAGUUCUCCUGCAUCUUCUGGAAAAUCGGGUCUUUUGUGUUUCAAGUCUCUAAAGUCCGUGUGCUCUCUGGUGUCCUAUUUUUUCUACUAAAUGGCUCUUAGGGGGACAAAA